AUGAAAACUGCCAAUCUUCAUCAGGGUGGAUCCAAAUUAUUAUUUUCAAAAAAGUUUUUGCUGCGGUGGGACACGCAUCAAUCCCUCACCCCGGGUGCAAUAGCGUCCACAUGGAUAAAAUCAGGCACUAUUCACGAGAGCCGUUCCAAACAAUUAUGUAGCACGAUUCGUGCUCAUCAUCAUGACCAAAGUAUUUAUUUUCAUCAUCUCAUCACUCAGCCACUUCGGAACACGUAUCAACCACACCAACAAUAUGACAUUGUGGUUGUUGAUCCAAUUCAUAACAACAAUAUUCAAGACAAUGAGGAAAUUCUCAUCAUGAAGAAUGAAUUGCUUUGCAAUCAUUCCGAUGAAGAAAAGCCUCUUGAAAUUCCAAGCCAUGCAUUUUCAACCAUCAUCAAGGAUGAGCAUUCACUCGAAUCCAUCAAUCAUGCUGUAUUGAACCAAUCAGCAAUUUUGGGUACAGCCUACGACCACACGAGAGUUUUACAUCAGCUCUACGUUCAACAUUUUCCUAGAAAUGAUGACUUGGAGCUGAACACAUCUACUCCAUCGAUAGGAGCGCCAAGUACAACUGUGAAAUAUGAAAUACCUCAGCAUAUACUUUUUUAUUAUGGCAAGUCAGCUCAUAAAUUGAGCGAUUGGACACGAGUCGUGCGAGGUGCCCACAGAAAUAUGAAUGAGUUGAACUUUUUAAAAGAUUUAUUGUUAAAUAUUAUAUUUGUUUUUCCAGAGAAAAGAGAACAAGCCCUUGAAAAAUUAAGAUCACAUCAUUCUUCUCGAGUUCCAACAAACAAACUGUCGCAAAGUUGUCCUAUUACUAUUGAAGAUUUGACAGCGUUUUAUGAUACUUUUAAAAUUUUUAACUCCACAGAGAGUGAACGCGAAGUAAUCCGAAAUUUCAGAAUUGAUUGCAAAACUUUGUUCAUGUUUGUUUUCAUGCAACCACAAUUCAAGCAUUUAGGAGCAAUUAGAGAAAUCUAUGAAUCUGUGAAAGAAGAAGAAGGUAUUGACCCUCCUCAAAAGAUUGUAAAUCAAAUGAUGUCUUCCAUCACGAAUCUCUCGGCUUCCAACAGCCCAGAAAAAAAUUUCCAUAUUGAGGAGAUUAAGAAAAUAUAUUCACAAAUACCGACACCAAACACAAAAAUUCAGCACAGCUUACUUCAUGGCUAUGCAAAAUUUGGUAUGCUUAAGGAAAUGGAAGAGUUAUUUGAGAAAAUUGAAGUUAAGAAUGCAUACACAUUUUCCAUUCUGUUGUAUGGAUAUUGUAUUGCUCGAAAAUUUACAAAAGCACUAAGUGUUUUCAGUCGUAUUUCAAAACCUGUUCCAGAACACCUACGAUUAGUUAUUGCUCUCUUCCUGCAAGUUGGGUUAGACGUUCAAGCCGAAGACUUGCUUCAAUCGCUUCCAAAUUCAGCUCAUAAGAUACGACUCACUAAUGAGCUUAUGGACGUCUAUAAUAAUGCAAACGAUUUGAAUUCUGUGCACAGAAUUUUCACAUCCAUGGAGCAAAGGGAUUGUUAUAGUGUUGGAAUUGCCAUUAAUGCUAAACUGAAACAACGUUUACUCAAUGACGCCUUGGAAAUUUUCGACAAAUAUUGUAAGAACGGGCCUGUAGAAUGCAACAGCGUGAUUUAUAACUCGAUACUUUAUGGAAUUACCAAAUAUGCAGAUAUUCACAAAUCUCUUUCGUUCUUUCACAAAAUUCCUUCCCAACUCAAAAACGACAAAACUUAUUCCAUCAUCAUGUCGGCUCUAGUUUCUGCAAAAGCAUAUGUACACGCCCAACGACUGUACUACCAGUUUCCUCAAUUCCAAUCAAUGCAUUCUCAUGCCAUCAUGAUUAAAUGUUACACGGUAUUAGGAAAAUUUGAGCAAGCAGAGCAGAUUUUCCAAAGUGUGAAAAAGCCUGACGUGACACUUUGCAACAACAUGAUGGACGCCUAUGUGAAAAUGGGGAAAUUAUUACAGGCUCACAAAGUUUUUAACAAAAUAUACAAAAAAGACAUUGCUAGCUACAAUAUUCUUCUGAGGGGAUAUGUGGAAUAUGGUAAAAUAGAGAGAGCAGAAUAUAUCUUUGAUAGAAUCCCAGAACCAGACUCUCAUACAUUUGUCACUCUUCUCCAUGGAUACACAGAAAAUGGACAUUUCACCAAAGUGGAAACUUUUUAUGCAGCAAUACCCAGACAAUACAAGAACGAGCACGUUUACACAUGUAUGAUGAAAUUCUAUACAAAACGUGGAAUGAUUAGACGAGUGGAAUAUUUCUACCGCAAAAUUUCUAAUCCUAAUUUUGUAGCUGAUUCAUCCAUGAUGUGUGCCUAUUUACAAUGCAACGCUUUCAACUCAAUGAGGCAUUUCUUUGAGAAUGUCAUUUCAAAACGCUAUGUGAAAAAAGAUUCAAAACAAAGGUUUUUCUUGAAUCUCAUGGAAAAGAUGAAACUUGAAGAGCAAUAUUUCAUGGCCACGAACCAUCAAAACAAGCUUCAAAACAAAUAG